CUCGGUGCUCCUUCCUUUUCCCUUUCCCUCUGAAACCCUACUGACGGGCAAGCCGCUGGGCGUUGCCUGCUAUUGUCAACCAUCUCGAGCUACCGUUGGUCCUCCGGUGACGAGAUUUGAAUAUGACGAAGAAGAAGGAGAAGAGCGUGAACGUGUCCGGGAAGCCCAAGCACUCCCUGGACGUGAACCGGAAGGAUGGGAAGGGAGAUGCCCGCAGUGCUGCCACGGUGCGCCGCCUCAAGAUGUACAAUUCGCGGCCGAGGCGCGACACCAAGGGCAAGAUCUUGAGCCACGAGCUCCAGUCCAAGGAGCUCCCCAACACUCGCAUCCAGCCCGACCGCCGCUGGUUUGGGAACACGAGGGUUGUCAAUCAGAGAGAGCUUAUAUUUUUACGAGAAGAGCUCCAGAGCCGAAUGUCAAGUAAUUUCAAUGUUCUUUUGAAGGAAAGGAAGCUUCCUUUAUCCCUCCUAAAUGAUCCCAAGAAGCAAGCAAGGGUACAUCUUCUAGACAGAGAGCCUUUCUCGGAUGCUUUCGGUCCUAAGAGGAAGAGGAAGCGCCCCAAUCUCAUGGCAGCAGAUUAUGAAUCUUUAGUUAAGAAAGCUGAUGGUUCUCAAGAUGACUUUGAACAGAAGCGUGGUGAUUCUGCAGAAGGAAAUGAAGAUGAUGGACUUAGGGACUUGGUUCGGCAUACAAUGUUUGAGAAGGGUCAAAGUAAGCGCAUAUGGGGUGAACUCUACAAAGUCAUAGAUUCUUCAGAUGUUGUUAUUCAGGUUUUGGAUGCUAGAGAUCCACCAGGUACAAGAUGUUAUCAUCUGGAGAAGCAUCUGAAAGAACAUUGCAAGCACAAGCAUAUGGUUUUUCUUUUGAACAAGUGUGAUCUGGUUCCAGCUUGGGCAACCAAGGGAUGGCUUCGCGUAUUAUCCAAGGAAUAUCCUACUCUAGCAUUCCAUGCUAGUAUCAAUAAAUCUUUUGGCAAGGGCUCUCUCCUUUCUGUCUUGAGACAAUUUGCACGCUUGAAAAGCGACAAGCAAGCAAUAUCUGUCGGUUUUGUUGGCUAUCCUAAUGUUGGGAAAUCAUCGGUGAUCAACACCUUGAGGACAAAAAAUGUUUGCAAGGUUGCUCCUAUUCCUGGGGAGACCAAAGUGUGGCAGUACAUAACAUUGACAAAACGAAUCUUCCUAAUUGAUUGCCCUGGUGUCGUUUACCAGAAUAAGGACUCUGAAACCGAUAUUGUUUUGAAGGGCGUUGUCCGGGUCACAAAUUUGGCAGAUGCUUCUGAACACAUUGGAGAGGUUCUUAGACGGGUUAAAAGGGAACACCUGCAGAGAGCGUACAAGAUAAAGGAUUGGGAAGAUGAAAAUGAUUUCUUAGUCCAGCUGUGCAGAGCAACAGGCAAAUUGUUGAGGGGUGGUGAGCCAGACUUAACAACCGCAGCCAAGAUGGUCCUCCACGACUGGCAAAGGGGAAAGAUUCCCUUCUUCGUACCUCCUCCACAACGAGAAGCUGAAGCUUCUGAGGAGCCGAGCAAGGCUCACAAUGAUGCAGAUAAAGAUGAAGCACUUGCCUCUAAUCAAGCGGCUGCCGCUUUUAAGGCCAUUGAAAGAGAGAUAUCAUCUCAGCAACAGAAAAGUGUGCCUGUCCAAAGGGAUCUAUUCACCGAGGAGGAGCUGAAAGGGAAGUCAGAUUUGGAACACGGGUCGUCAGAGGAUGAAUCAGCCGAGGAGUCCCCAGCUGAGGAGGAAGAUGAUAGCUGAGGGCACCCUAAGUCGCGCACAAAUUUUGUUAGUGUACCCUUUAUUAUCUUUGUAGGAAAUAUCUAGAUCUCGUGUCUAAUCAUAAGUUUUUUUCUAAUUUGUUUCGAAAUCCUAUGUAUUCUAUUCUCAAUAUGUCAUUUCUUACUUCCAGCUAUAAAUUGUUGCAUGAUAUAGCAUGAUUUCUGAGGUUAGGAUCGAAUGGUUUCUUGCCUCGAAUACUGUUUGAAGCUUUCUAAUGAAUGCAGUAAGGAUCAAGGAUUAUCAUUUUGUGCUCA